UAGGAUAUUGUGCACUGUUUGUUAACCUCAUGAAGGCAAGUGAAAUUCAACCAUGACAGACCUUAAUAAGACACUUCGAGAAAUGGAUGGAUUUGCCCAUGAAAUCAUUAGACUAAGAUUGAUUGGAAAAUUGGCUAGAAUUUCUCAUUGUAGGAUUAUGAAUGAAAUGCUUAAACAAGCACAUAUAUUUCUAAACUGGCAAUGGCACCUGUACGCUGUUGGAAGUACACAAGAAGGCUUUCCUUAUUCAGCAAUAGAUGAUAUAGACUUGAUGAUAUGCAACUUAGCAUUUCCAAUAAUUAUGUGGAAAUUCCAAGAAAAAGAAAUGAGUACACAUGUAAUGGCUGAGCAAGACUCCAAGCAUCCUGUGUAUUUAAGGCUUAAGGUAUUUGACAAAACGUGUCUGGAUGAAGAUUUCCAAAGUGUUAUUAAUAAAGAUGGAUAUUUGAAAACUAGCAAUUUCAUGAAAAUUUAUUCGAAUAACCCUUUUUAUAAUGUGAAAGAUUAUGUUAAGGUGAGAAAAGGUCCCUCAAUAACAGAAAUGUCAAUUUCUAAAUUUGUGGAUGUUAAAACAUGUCCCACAGACUCAGUACUUUGCUUAAAAUGUCAAUCAUGGCCUCCUUUCACUUGCAAUUUUUUUACUAGAGAGAGGCUGAACAACUGGCCCUCGCAGAAAUUGUUAGACAAGGUCAGAGGUCUAGAAUGUCAUGUAGUUCCUGUUGGAUACCCAGGCAGCGAGUCAUUUGAUAUUGAAUGGAGAUUGUCAUUUUCUAUAGCUGAAAGAGAGCUCAUUACUGAAAUGCAUGAACCAUAUCAUGAAUGCAUGUUUGCCCUGAAGUCAAUAAAAAAGAAAUAUUUAUACAGUGAUUCUGAUAAACCAACAUUAUUCUGCUCGUAUUUCUUAAAGACUGCUUGCUUGUGGAUGUGUGAAACAUUUCCACACAUAGAUUACAGUGUCAUGGAUUUAAUUACAAAAGUUCUAGAAUGGCUUGUUGACUGCUAUCAACACAAACACUUGCCUCAUUACUUUAUUCCUCAACACAAUUUGAUUGGUCAUCUCUCGAGGGAAUAUUGUGACAAUGUAAGAGAAACAUUGACUGAAAUUAAAAGAAAUCUUUGGACAAAAGUGUUAAGUGUCUGUUAUGAUGACUACUCAACACUGGAAACUCUACUCUUAAACAACCACCCGGCAGAGGCUAUAGCACUCCUUCAAGAUAAAUGCUUAAAUUUAUGCACUGAGUAUUGCUUAACAGUGAAUUCGGAAAUGACAAAAUUGGCUAUAUACAACCCUGCUGUAUUUACCGAUCAUCUUUUAGAGCGUGUUCAAUGGAAUCCUUUUCAUGCUUUCAGUGUUCCAGAGAAAAUCAUACUACCAAUUGUAAAGAAUAUUGAAGAAAUAGUACCAAAGGGGUAUGGGGAAAUGUUCAAAACAAGUUUGUAUAGAUACUUAGGCGAUAUUUAUACUCAUUUAUUGGUAUACUUAAGAAACACUGGACGCAUUAUGUAUGAUGUAGCUGUAGCUGUGAAUCAGAAUUCUCCUUUACAUUACUAUAAAUUAGGCACUAAAAUGAUUUUUCCAGACAAUUGCAGUGACCAUAGCAUAGGUGGUCAAGUUCUUGUAGUAAAAUACCAUUAUAUAAUGGGGAACUACAAAGAAUUGAAGCAGAUGUGUGAUUCUAUACUUUAUGAUUUUUGUCGCAUAGAAAAAAACUGUAGACUUGCUGCUCUAAUGAUUGUACAGAUAGAUUCACUUUACACAUUAGCAAGCCUGUUUAGUGGAUGGGCUGUUGACGACAUAUUGCUAUAUCUUGUCAGAUGUUCCCGUAAAUUGAAUCUUUAUUGUCAUCCAAUCAUACUUGUUCUUUAUAUUAAAGCCAGAGUGUUACUUACUGAAGGAGACACAGAAAAUGCACUGAAUCUUGUAAAAAAGAUGAAGGAACGUACAGGGAUUAUUAAGGAUCCCGAGUAUGAGUCAACCACCAUGUUUAUAAAAAUCAUUGAAAGUCUAGGAGGCCUUCUUGUUGUAAUGAGAAUAAUAUUUAUGAACUGUCGUGACAAAAUGAGUCUUGUGGGAAAAAAAUGAAAAAAAAUUU